AGGUGGCAGCAGUAAGUAUAUAAACACUGCGCAUGCCCGAGAGAAAUUAUUCAACAAACAUGGCGGCGCCCUAUGUGACAGCAGUCAGGACAGCACUGUCAGGUGUGCGCCUACUUACGUGUAGGAGCCCAACCCCGGCACUGCGUCAGUGUGUGCGGUCACUUCAUGUGUCUCCUGCUGCCUCCCUGUGCAGCUCCAGGACGGAGCCACACAGGAGCACCCAGCCUCACACCUCAACCAGCACCCAGCCUCACACCUCAACCAGCACCCAGCCUCACACCUCAACCAGCACCCAGCCUCACACCUCAACCAGCACCCAGCCCGGUGAGAAAAGAGCAGGUGAGGAGGAGGAGGAGGAGGAGGAGGAUGAGGGUCCUGAAUACAUCCCCCAGAGGAAAGCAAAGAACCCCAUGAUGAAAAUUGGCUAUGCCUGGAUGAUUGGCCUCCCCACAGGUAUCAUUGGCUUCAUUCUGGCUAAGAGAGAAGUGGACAAGAACCGCCUGAAGCAGCUCAAAAUUCGACAGAGGAUGAAGAACUCAAACGAGGGAGAUUAUGAAGGGAGCCGCUACCGCCAUCAUCCAGAAGAGGAUGUUAAACUGGGCCGAUAAUGUACAUUGCAUGGCUGCUGGGAUUUGCAUCAAAUCCUGAAGGUCACUAAUGUGAAGGUGACUUCUGCACUGCAGCCAUUCAGACGGAUAACACAAGAGAUGUGAAAUUCAACUGAAGAGUUCUGAUGUGUUCAUAAGGUGUGAAUAUUUCUUCAAAGGUUCGAUGCAGGAAAUCAGGAGUACAAGUGGCUAAUCCUUUAAUCAGGAGAGCUGGGUCACACUCUUGAAAGAGAGUUCUGGUAUUUUUGAACCAUGGACUUUAAUGAUUGUUUUUUGUUAGUAAAUGACAGGUAUGUUCAAGCUGUUUGCAUAUUGUCCAGUUCAUCAGCUCAGCUCAGACACAGCUGGAAAGGCAGCAAAGGGAAACCUGCGGGGAAACAGGUCGUCAAAAAACAUGAUGCUUCAGGACUUUUGAAUUUGGCAGGUGAAAAGUCAACGUUAUUCUAAUGAUGGAUAGUAUAGAAAAGCUUUAGAUAAAAAUAAAAACUUAA